UAGUCAUUUGUGCAGAUGGUGUUGAAGGAGAGGCGUCUUAGUGAAUGGCCCGCUAUAGCUAACGGGUUGAUUAACGCCAUGACAGAAGUGGACAAAGUAGAAAUAGGCCGGGAGGAAGAAGAAAUCACAAUCGAAAAAACGACGAAAUGUAAAAAUAUCAAAACUUAUCUGAAGGAGUACUGCGAGAAUUCCAGUAUCCAAGGAUUGAAUUAUGUGGUAGCCGACGGGAUAUCCAUAUUAGAAAGGAUAUGGUGGGUACUUGUACUUGGCGGCUGUAUUGGAGGAUGUAUCUAUAUGAUAACAGAGAUUUACAUCAAAUGGGCAGAGAGUCCGGUAUUGGUAUCGCUGGCAACAAGAGACACCCCAAUCACAGAAAUUCCAUUCCCUGCAAUCACUGUUUGUCCAGAAGCUAAACUAAAGGAAACUUGCUUUAAUUACACUAAAGUUUUAGAAGCCGUCCAAUCAGGAAAAAACGUAACAGAAAAUGAACAUUUGGGCUUCGAUUAUAUGUCCCUCCUAUGCAAAGCAGACAAUCAUAAAAUCACUCCUGAUAAGCCAGAUACAUUUGACCAGAAAUUUUAUGAAUUUUUAUACGAAUGUAGAUCAGUAGAACUGAAUAUGAGCUAUUGCAAAUGGAUGGAUAGACCGAUGGAUUGUAGAAAAUUGUUCAAGCCUCUGAUGACUGAUGAAGGAAUCUGUUACAGUUUCAACAGUUUCGAUAUCAAGGAUAUACAUACCGAUAUAGUUCCUCGAAAUUAUUUCGAUGAAGCUGAUAAGAUGGUCACAUGGGACCCUGAUGAUGGAUAUCCGAAAACUGUGAAUAAUUCGGUCAAGGAAUAUCCCAGAAGAGCCCUACUGGCAGGUGCUGUGAACUCCCUCACUGCCGUAUUUUUCACCAAAGCUGACGAUAUCCUUUACAACUGCAGGGAUUUCGUUUACCAAGGGCUCAAGGUUUCUCUUCAUAUGCCAUCCAGAAUUCCAAGGCCCAGUCAAGUGUACUUCAACGUUGGUUUGGACAGAAUAACAUCAGGAGUGGUGCUACCCACUUUGAUGUCCACUGCCAAAUCAGUAGAGAGCACUCCUCCAGAAGUUCGUAAUUGCUAUUUCUCGAGGGAGAGAAAAUUAGCCUACUACAAAAUUUACUCACAAAACAACUGCAACAUGGAGUGUACAACCAACUAUACCAAGGCGGUUUGCGGUUGUGUUGCCUAUUACAUGCCAAGAGAUGCUCAGACUCCCAUUUGUGGACCAAAGAAGAUGAAAUGUUUGGAAAGAUCAUUAUCUGCUCUCACAAAACCAAGAACUGAGAUUGAGAAGAAAGCAGCAGCAGAAAAAGCGAAAUGUUUCUGCGUACCAAUUUGCGUAGACUUGAGCUACAACGUAGAAAUAUCAAGUGGGCCUUUUGAGAAACCGGAUCAACUCAAUACGGGGAAAACUCUGGCCGAGUUAGAAGGAUACCACGCCUCUGCUGUUAAGGUUUACUUCAAAAAUCCGUUCUUCCUGCCGAAUCAGAGGAACGAACUGUAUGGACCAACAGAUUUCAUAUCUAACUUCGGCGGUAUCUUGGGUCUCUUCACUGGCUUCUCACUCUUCUCUAUUGCUGAGCUCUUCUAUUUCGCAACGAUCAGAUUGGUGGAAAACCGAAGAAAGUACGGUCACUGGGGUGGUCCGAAAAAAGACUAAAUUAUUGUCUUUUCGAGAGGAUUUAUUGAAAGAAUUUUGAUUGUAGUAAGACGAUACAUUCCUUAUAGAAUUAAAUAAAUAAAUAAAUUAUCCAUUG